CCUCUAAUUCCCCCCACAUCGUCACUCCUUCAAUCAUUCCUCUCGCGUCGUCGUCACUUCAAUUUUCAUCCCAAAACACAAUGUUCGACAGCGAAGGUGCCCCCAUCUCCGUCGUCUACUUCGACGGCGACACCGAGUCCACCCUCGGCCAAUUCACCGUUGACGCUUCCUUCAACUUCAACAAGUUCCUCUCCUUCCUCAGCCAGAAGAUCGGAAUGUCCCCACACCACUUCUCCGUCUAUCUCGCUACCUUCGGCACCAGUCGCAAAAUCCCAAUCACCGCAAAGGUUAACGUCGCCGCCAUAGUCGCCGCCGAAAGCUCCGCGGCCGCCUCAUCCUUCUUCUACGUCAAGCGAUCCCGGCGUCCAAAGCGGAACCGGACACGCAACAAAGGCUCCCGCAACGGCAGCGCCAACAACAUCAUCAACCACAACAUCUCGUCGCCGGCGAACGUGGUUCUCCUACGCCGGAACAACGUCGUUCCGUACGCCGGCGCGGGGGUUUCGGUUUUGAGUCGAGUGGAGUACGAGAAACGGUUGAUGGAGUUACAGAUGGAGAAGGAGAGGUUCGUGUGGAAGAUGGCCACUGGCAGCGGUGCGGCUUGCAAGCACUGUUCGGCGGGAAUGGAUAGCGGUUUUCAUUGGUGCGUUUAUGAUGCGGUGACAGUUGGGUUUAGGUCACCGGCUGGUCCGGUUGCCCGUCCCGUAAGGGGUUCCGGUAAAUUUCUAAAACCCUUGGUCCAAUACUCCAAUUCCAAGAGAGCACUGGUGUCAUUAGCAGUUAAUUGCUUGGUGCAUAUCCGUCAUUAUCUCUAGUUAUCUACCACUAAUAUAACUAGCUAGCGGCAAUAGCACCAAGCAGGCAAGCACUACUAAUAUGUGGUGGCUUUUUGAAGUGUAUAUCUAGCGAUUUAGCUAGGCUUUGCAAAACCUAAUA